AUGGAUCAUACUUCAUUUCAGGAUUUCCACACUUCUGAAUAUAUCUACACAACCGCAACCACAGUCUCCGCCAAUUACGAUCAUAAAGAAAACAUCGACUUUUUCGCUGACCCAAGCGAUUACGCGUCUGCUAACUUCGUUCACGGUGUAGGUUGUGACACUGGUGACUACCUGGAUUUUCAUUUUCAACAAGAUUACACCCCUUCCUACGGUUCCCCCGAGAGUUUCUAUGAGUCUUUAGACUCUUCGCCUUCUGCUUCAGAUUCAGACCCUUCUGACGGAUAUUCCUCUUGCGCCUCUUCUCCGGACCUUGCAACCGAAUGUUCGCAAGGUGACCUACUACAACAGUUUGAUCAACGAAACUUGACCAUAGAACAAAUGUCCCUCGACCCCUUCCAAUCAUAUCAGGAUCUCGGUGUUUUAACCAUCCCCGCCCAACCUUCCGACGACUCGUCCGCCGUCAUAGAUCAACCCAACGAUACCAAUGAUUUCUUAAAUUCAAAUAACAAUACCUUUGACACUUUGAAUACUUUCGCCGAGUGUUUCCCUUCGAUUCAAGAUCACCAAGGUUCCAUGUUCAACUUCACCCCUCUCACCGACGAUACCAUCUAUUCUUAUUCUUCUCACAUUCAACCGACCAUUCCUCCUCCCCUCACCACCGACGACAACGCCGUCGCCACCACUCCAUCCACCAUCGCCAUCACGAAUUCUCAGAUGAACAUCAUGGAACAAUGCAAGAGAUCCAACAUUACCAAAAAAUCAGAUUCAUCACGUGGCCGAGCAAAUUCUGCGACUUCUCAUAGAACCCAUCGUAAAUCUCUACCCAGUGGAAUGAUCGAACGCCUGCACACCAUGAACUUGGCCCCACCGAAACCGGCCCGCAAAUCAAAGACCGUUGCGCCAUUCGCAUGCGAUUAUCCCGACUGCCAGAAAACCUUCACUCGUCAAUACAACCUAAAGUCGCACUUACGCACUCACACCGACGAGAGACCUUACCUCUGCGGUUAUAAAGGUUGCACGAGAGCUUUUGCCAGACAACACGAUCGCAAAAGACAUUAUAAUCUACACCUGGGCUUUAAGCCUCAUGCUAUUCCUAACGCAG